AUGAAUUCGAAUCGACACGUACUGCGGCCGACGCAAAAUCGACUUCCACUUAAAGAUGUUUCAUCACAAAAAUCUUCAUCAAUAGGAAUAAUAAAUAAAACAAAAUUAAUAACAAAUACAAUUAUACAACAACAAGAAAAUGUAUCACUAUCAUUAAUAAAGAAUAAAAUUUCAAUAACAUCAAGACCUAUUCUUACUGCAAUACGUUCUAUAAAACAAAAUUCAAAAGAAAAUGAAAAUGAUACUCAAAUGUUUAUUUCACCAAUAGUUAAAAGAAAUUUUGUUACCGAACAAAAAUUAUCUCUCUCAGAAAAUAAUAAAACACGUGAACAACUUGAGCAAGAAUUAUAUGAAUUACCUGAAUAUCGUCGAUCGAUCUUUGAACAUUUAAAAUCAGUAGAACAUAUUUAUGCACCUAAAGUGAAUUUUAUGGAAUAUCAAUCGGAUACAAAUUCUGCUAUGCGUACAAUUCUUAUCGAUUGGCUUAUUGAAGUUGCUGAUGAAUAUAAAUUAAAUGAUGAAACACUUUUUCUUUGUGUACAAUAUGUUGAUCGAUUUUUAUCAACAGUAAAUGUAACAAGAUCAAAGUUACAAUUACUUGGUACUACAUGUAUGUAUGUAGCAUCAAAAUAUGAAGAAAUGUAUCCACCUGCAUUAGAAGAAUUUUCAUUUAUUACGGAUAAUACAUAUGAAACAAAACAUAUUCUUCGUAUGGAACAAAUUAUUAUGAAAGUAAGUUGA